AUGAGUACGGAUGUGUCAGAACGCGGCGCAGAGGCCGGAUCGAGCUCCGGGCUGCUUUCUUCGCCGUGUGUGGGAGAUGGCAGCGACUCAGCGCAAAUGAAGAAGCGCAACACGGAGACGGCAGGGAUGAAAGCGCGCAAGAAGCUUCGCAGUGAAGAGAGUGGGCUUUCGACGCUGGUGUCGAUUGCUUCUUUUGGCGGACAGGCAUCACCAGACAGAUCCAAGGUGAGCAAGCAGCAGAACGGUGCAUCGGGACACCGGCCUGUGACCUCUUGCACGCACUGCCGGCAGCAUAAGAUCAAAUGCAAUGCGUCGGAGAACUUCCCAUCCUCGUGCUCUCGGUGCGAGCGUAUGGGGCUGCAGUGCGAGAUCGACCCGCAGUUCCGUCCGAAGAAAGGGUCGCAGCUGCAGAACCUCAAGAACGAGAUCGAGGAGCUGAAAACGAAACUCGAGUUCCUGUUGCGCAGUGAGGGCAUCCUCUCUUCUGCCAUGCGCAACUCGGACUUAGGUCGCCAGAUUCUGCAGGCGAUCAAACUUCAGGAUUCCCCGCAGCAACAGACGGGGAUCUCUGUGCAAACUUAUCUGGCUAGCGAACCGGAACUGCUCAAGUCGGAGUCCUCUGUCAAGUCAAGCGUCAACACCCCGUCUGGUUCAUACUCUGCGAGCGCUGUCGAUGUGUCACGUGCAAAGACAAAUAGUGUCCCGCCACUGCUCAACGACUCCGCUCCAGCCAACAGCAAUAGGGAGUCCCUUCCUCCGGUCUUGCAGAUGGCACUGAAGUACCACAAUUCCUCCCACAAUACGCCGAUCGACACCCCUUCAUCUCAUACCACGCCGAUGCUUUCUCCAGAGGUGAAGAAACCUGUGGUGGCGACUACCAAUGCAAUGCCUCUCCUUCCCUCGCCCUAUGCCAACAUUGACGAGUUUGUCCUGGGCGACGUGCACAUACCUAUCGAUAAGGCGAAGGAGUUACAUCAUAUCUUCGUCAAGAAGUACUUGCCAUACUUCCCUAUUAUGACCACUGAUUCAGUAACGGAACUUUAUUCGCAGUCGCAACUACUGUUCUGGACCAUUAUGUUGACGGCAUGCCUUUCCGAUCCUGAGCCAACUCUUUACAACAGUCUGGCUUCGCUGAUCAAACAGCUUGCAAUAGAAACUUGCUGGAUAAGGACCCCGCGAUCUACACACAUCUCGCAGGCACUGCUGAUCCUAUGCAACUGGCCUUUGCCAAACCAGAAGGUACUCGAUGAUUGUUCCUAUAGGUUUGUCGGACUUGCAAAAUCUCUUUCCUUCCAACUCGGCCUCCAUAGGGGCGAGUUCAUGUCGGAAUUCACCCGCACGCAGACUUUAAUGCCCGAUGCCGAGAAGUGGCGAACCAGAACGUGGCUAGGUAUUUUCUUUGCAGAGCAGUGCUGGAGCAGUAUUCUGGGACUGCCCUCAACUUCACAGACGGACUAUUUCAUUGAGCAAGCUAGGAGGGGCAAGUUCGACCUUCCAGUAAGGUUUCACCGCUUACUCUGCUUGGCACAUUUUCAAGCCAGCCUAUCAAACAUCAUGGGCUCGAGCGUCGAAUCUCCAGACGGUUUGAUGGACGCAAAAGAGCGCGGUAGCUCACUUGCUGCCCUUGAGCGGGAGCUUGCCCGCCUGCACUCAGAGCUGAAGUUUGAUUCUGACCCUGUGGUUGAGAUGUACUAUUUAUACGCAAAACUGAUGAUCUAUUGUUUUGCAUUUUUACCAGAGACGCCGAAGGCCGACCAAACCCAAUAUGUGACCGAGGCGUACUUGGCAGCUACGAGAAUUAUCACUCUGCUAACCAAAACAUUGGAGGAUACGCAACUAAUCGAACUCCCCAUAUAUGUGCGACAAAGUGUGACAUACGCAGCACUUAUUCUGUUCAAAUUACACCUAACACCUUACCUCCCCGAAAAAUAUGUGGAUUCGGCCCGCCAAUCGAUUGUCACCGUCCACAGGCUGUAUCGCAACCAGCUCACGGCGUGGGCCACCGGAGUGGAAAACGACAUCUCCAGAACGGCCAGCGUGCUGGAGAAAUUGAAUUUCGUCCUUAUAACGUACCCCGAGAUCUUCGUGGAGGAAGAUGGAAUCAUUUCCCGGAUGCGGUCGCAUCUCACAGGGACCCUCUUCUAUGACCUCAUAUACUGCGUCCACGAAGCCAGAAGGCGGCAGGUCGAUAGCGAGUACAACGAGAUGCUCGAGAAGAACAGAAAGGAACAACCCGUGCAUACUGCUGCCACCGGCAGCCAGGACACCGAGAAGAGAGCGCCUAAGAGGAGGCUUUUUCCACUUCCCUUCUACAACCAGAUCUCCAAGGAAGAUUUUGAGACAAUAACACAGACCACCCCCGGCGGUACGACCGUCACCACGCUCGUACCCACGAAAAACGCCAUUCUCCAAGCAAAGAAACUGCAGCGCAGCCAGGGCGGUCAGAAGGGCGAGCCCAUCCGCUCCAUCAACGGCAUUCCGCUUGCAAUGCUGGACGCCACCGGCAGCGUGAACGGCGCGCUCGUCGGCGACAACCUCAACAGCUCGGUGCCCCAGGCGGCCGUGGCUGCGUCCGCACCCCCCGAGCCCGCGGCCGUGGCUGCAACCGUGCCCCCCGAGCCCGCGCCCGCGCCCGGCGGCCAGAGCUACCCGCUCUUUCAGCCCUUGUAUGUCCAGCCCGCCGCUAACGUGCCCAUGCAGCGCUCUGCGUCCGCCUCCGUCGCGGAGGCCCUGCCGUUCCGCCGGCCUGGCAUGCCCAAGAUCACAUCUGAAUCCAUUGCAUCGGGGAAUCCCAAUUCGCUUUUUGGCAACGACGGCUCGCCGUUCCCUGCCAUCGCACAAAAAUCCGCCAAGCCCGCGCCGCCCGCCAAGCCCGACGGCCAGCCCGCCAAGCAGCCCGCACCCUACCCCAACCUCAAUGUUUUCCUCGGCGCAAACGCCUCGGCGCGCAUGGCCUCCUACUCCAGCCUCAUGGACGCUGCAGACCCCCUCGCGCCCGACCCCGACCGCGCCCCGCUCGCCGCCCCCGGCCCCCUAGCACACAUCUCAGAGCUCGACUCUUUUUUCCUGCAGCAGAGCGCCGGCUGGAUCGAGGGCAGCUCCAGCAACGAUGACUUCCUGGGCUGGUACGACAUCAACAUGGCACCGGAGUUCUGA